AUGGCACCCGAACUUCCUAAGACAUUCAAGCGAGCAGUUUUCAAGGAGCAAGGUGCUCCACUAACCAUUGAAGAGGUGGAGCUGCGCAUGCCCGAGAGAGGCGAAGUAUUGGUCAAGGUCGAGGCAUGCGGCGUCUGUCACUCGGACAGCAUGGCGCAAAUGAAUAUUUUUGGGGGCGGGUUUCCAUUGGUUCCUGGUCAUGAAAUUAUUGGACAUGUAGCAGCUGUGGCUGAUGGUGAGACGGCGUGGAAGGUGGGUGAUAGAAUAGGAGGCCCUUGGCAUGGUGGACAUGAUGGUACCUGCAAGGCAUGCAAGACAGGUUUCUUCCAGAUGUGCGACAAUGAAAAAAUCAACGGCAUUACGAGGAACGGAGGCUACGCCCAAUACUGCACCCUCCGCUCGGAAGCCGGCGUAUCAAUCCCCUCACAUCUCGAUGCCGCCGAAUACGCCCCUAUCCUCUGCGCUGGCGUGACGGUUUUCAACUCCAUGCGGCGAAUGCAGAUCUCACCCGGCUCCCUCGUCGCAGUCCAAGGGCUCGGCGGUCUUGGUCACCUUGCUCUUCAGUUUGCAAACAAAUUUGGGUUCCGAGUGGCUGCUCUGUCUCGUAACGCGGACAAAGAGAAGUUCGCAAGGGAUCUAGGUGCACAUGAGUACAUUGACGGUAGCAAGGGCGACCAGGGAGAGGCAUUGCAGAAGCUAGGCGGAGCGUCGCUAAUCGUUGUCACGGCGCCGGAUGCAAAGGUCAUCUCCCCCCUGAUGAAGGGUCUUGGUAUUAUGGGGAAGUUGUUGAUACUAGCAGCUGCUGGUGAAGUCCCUGUUGAUACUGGUGCGAUGAUCCAUUAUGGACUCUCUGUGCAUUCCUGGCCCAGUGGACAUUCUCUCGACUCAGAGGAGGCAAUCGCUUUUACUGAGCUUGAGAACAUUAAAUGCAUGGUGGAGAAGUUCCAACUGGAGAAAUGCAACGAUGCAAUGGAUGCGAUGAUGAAGGGAACUGUCAAGGUAGAAGAAGCUGCAGAGCUGUGCCGCCGAAUUGGAGAGUGGUUUGCAGAGCUUGAAGUGCCAGGUCGCUCAUCCGCUGGUUGGCUUGAAGACAUCCAACCCGAUUCCUGGGUUGGCCAUGUAUUUUGUAUUUGGAAACGCGAGCCUGGUGUCGUUGUAGGCAUAGAGCUGGGACCUGUCGUUACUGAUGAGGGCUGUAGUGGUCCUAUCUGUGGAGUCGAAGAUCCGAGAUUGAACUUGGUGAUAGUCGAACUUUUGGGUGUCGUUGCGCUCUCAGGAAGCAAUGUCCAAGACUGCUCGAGCUCUUUAGGUAAGUUGGAGGCUACUGGGAGCUUAAAAGAAAUCCUUGCACCAGGCCCGAUGGGCCCUAAAUCUUCCCACUCCAAAUUCCAAGCCGUAGCAAGCAUGAUGUUUACCGUUGCAGGCAUGCCUGAAGAGUCUCAGGCAUUGUUGAAGAAGGUCUUUGACGUCUUCGAUCGAACUUUUGUCAUGAUUCCGCUCCUCCUGAGCGGGCUCCGCUCUCAGUCCCGCCCUUCCGAAGAUCAAUAUAAUGACACCAACGGCUGUUGA